CGCGCCGCGGCGGCGGCCGCCGCGGAGCAGCAGCGGCGGCGCGACCGGGGCGGAGGGGGUGCUGAGGAGGGGGCCGACGCGCGGGCGUCGGACCAAGGAGACGGGCCGGAAAAGGAGGAGCGCGGCAGCGGCGGCGGCGGCGGCGGCGAACGGAUGGACACAGGGGACG